AUUUUAGUCUUUAAAUACUACGCGUUCGUUUAGUCUUUUUUUAUCCUUUUUCUUUUUGUUAAUUAAGAUGGAUUUUCUAGCUUAUUUAGAUACACUUGAUUAUAAACAGUUUGUAUUAGGAUUCUCAUGUGCUGUGUAUGGUUUUGAGCAAUACUUAAACUACCGCCAAUACAAUCGUUAUUUGAUGCGUGAUCGUCCUUCUGAAUUGGCGGAUAUUGUGACUGAAGAAGACUUUAAGAAAGCACAGGCUUACAAUUUGGAUAAAUCUCGUUUUGGGUUUAUUGAAGGCUUUUAUAAGCAAAUUGAGACUGUCUUGAUGCUUUAUUAUGAUGCACUUCCAGCUAUUUGGAAUUAUGCUGGUCAUUUGCUGAACAAGUUUGUUGGUUAUGGCCCUGAAUAUGAGAUCACCCAAUCCCUUGUCUUUCUUACGCUCUUUAGUCUCUUGUCGACUGUAACUUCAACACCUUUCAGUCUUUACUCUACAUUUGUUGUUGAACAACGUCAUGGUUUCAACAAGCAAACGAUUGGCUUGUUCUUUAUGGAUCUUUUGAAAUCACAUCUUAUCAUGGCUGUAUUGAUGUUUCCUUUCAUGUCUGCAUUUAUCUGGAUUAUCCAAUCAACGGGCGACAACUUUUAUUUUUAUGUUUGGUUGAUUGUGAUUAUGUUCCAACUGUUUAUCAUUACUGUCUAUCCUACUUAUAUCCAACCUCUUUUCAACAAAUUGACACCUAUGGAACAAGGCGAGUUAAGGACUCGUAUUGAAGAACUUGCUGCCCGUAUCAAGUUUCCUUUGAAAAAAUUGUAUGUGAUUGAUGGAUCCAAGCGUUCUGGUCAUUCCAAUGCCUAUUUUUAUGGUUUUGGUAAGAACAAGCAUAUUGUGCUUUACGAUACAUUGAUUGAACACUCCAACAAUGAUGAAAUCUGCGCUGUCUUGGCUCACGAGUUGGGUCAUUGGAAGAUGGGCCACACAUUGAAAUUAUUGGCAGUCAACCAAGUCUAUUUGCUUUCUAUCUUUUGGUUGUUCUCUUUCUUUAUCCAUAACAGAAAGGUCUAUCAAGACUUUGGUUUCCAUCACUCUAUGCCUACCUUGAUUGGUUUCUUGUUGUUCCAAUUCAUCUAUUCACCUGUUGAAAGUGUUAUUGGUUUUUUGAUGCAUGUCUAUCAGCGUAAGAAUGAAUAUGAAGCAGACGCUUAUGCUCUCAAGUUGGGUUAUGCUUCUACUUUGCGUAGUGCUUUGAUCAAAUUGAGUGUCAAGAACUUGGGUGGAUUCAAUGUUGAUCCUUGGUAUUCUGCCUGGAAUCAUUCUCAUCCUAGUUUAGUUGAAAGAUUAAAGGCUCUUGGUGUCAAGCCUACUUCUGACAAGCCUAUUAUUGAACAAGAUAAAAAGGAAUUGUAGAUAAUGAUAGAUUUAGAUAUACACACAAUAAAAAAAAACGCAAUUUU